UUUAUUAAAGUAAAGAAAAGUAGUACCAGUGGCUCAGGAGGUUUCUAAACAUUAAACAUACAGACACUGUAAAAAAUGUCUGAAACGGUAUGGCAGAUACAUCAUUACAGCACACUGUAAAUUGUUUAAUAAACGGAGCUUCCAGCAAACAGAGGAAUCAUUCUCUGCUUAUGAGGAACAUUUACAUAAGUUGUGGUUGGCUUUUUUAUUAUUAGUUUAGUGUUUUCCCCCCACAUGAUCAAUUGUGAACAUACAGUACUGCUAAACAGAUUUUGUGUUCCACAGAAUGAAGUCAGUCAAAGGGACUCAGAACAACAUGAGGGUGGAGAAAAAACAGAAAAAGUACGUCACCCAAAGUGUCACAUCACGGUUUAACACAGUGGACAAAGACAGAGCUUACAGGCCAAUGCCCAAGUCAGAGAUGUUGAGCCAGGAUGACCCCAAAUCCCGCCCAAUGCUAGAACUACGAGAGAAGCUCCAGCCAGAGGUGAUUGAGCUGAUUAAACAGCAGAGGCUGAACCAUCUGUGUGAGGGCACUUGUUUCAGGAAGAUCAGUGCUCGUCGCAGACAAGACAAGUUCUGGUAUUGCCGUCUGUCACCAAACCACAAAGUGUUACACUAUGGAGAUAUAGAAGAGUUCUCCCAAGGACAAAUAUCACAUGACUCUCUCCAGGACAAAGUGACAGUAGCAGAUAUCAAAGCGGUGGUAACAGGUAAAGACUGCCCACAUAUGAGGGAGAAAGGAGCACUUAAGAAUAAGGAGUUGCUGGAACUGGCCUUUUCCAUUCUCCAUAACUCUGAUGAAUAUCUGAACUACAUCGCUCCAGACAAGCACGAGUACUGUAUAUGGACUGAUGGCUUAAAUGCUCUUUUGGGAAAAGAGAUGACAAGUGAACUCACAAGAUCAGAUAUGGACACUCUGGUUACUAUGGAGCUGAAACUUCGCCUUUUGGACCUCGAAAACAUUCAGAUUCCUGAUGUCGCUCCUCCUGUUCCCAAAGAGCCCAGCACUUACAAUUUUGUUUACGACUUUACCCAGCAGCACAAUUGAGACUGGAAAAGAAAAUUCCUUACUCAAACUGAUCAUCAGCUACAAGGAUGUAGUCACCUUCUUCUCUUUUAUGCUAUUCUACUUCUCUCCCUAUUAUAUGGAUGGAAUAAUUUUUUUCUCCUCUAGAUUGUGACUAUGAUGUGACUUUAGUUUUAUAUACCCUGUAAAUUACUUCUAUGACUUUACUGAGGAAAAAGUCAAAGUAAUAUUUCUUUUUAGUCACCUGUUUUAAUGAAUACUUAACUUGGUAUCAUGCACAACAUUUUGUGUAAGUAAAGUACAUGUCUACAUGAAAAAAAUCAAGUGAAACUGGAUUUGUUUCAUACUCAUACAUAAAACACCACACAUAACGAAUUCUUAGACUGUUACAAAUGAAUGUGCUAUUAAUUUAAUAGCAAUGCUAAUAAAGGCAAUGCAUCCAUAAA